AUGUCCAAGUCUUUUUACGUUGACUCUUUAAUAAUCAAGGACCCGGUGCGACCUGGGCCGGCUGAGCAUCUGGGACGAGACUUCCUCCUCCCCAUCAGCAUGCACACCCCGGGCGUAAUGACGGUCACCGCUCCGGUGUGCCCCUCCAGGAAAAGCGGGACCUUCUGUGUGUGCCCGCUGUGCGUCACGUCCCACAUCCAGUCCUCGCGCAGCGGCAUCCCCAUGCUGAAGAGCCACUUUCCAGGGGUGGAGGCUCAGUACUGUCAGAGGAUAUCUCAGCAGCAGUCUUCUGCGCUCGCGCACCCUGGACACACACCUGUCUGCACGCCCACCUUCGGCGUCACAGACCCGAGGAGGUACCACUGUCUUUCCAUUGGCAACUCGGAGAGCAGCCACAUACAGAACGGCAAGAGGAUGCGCACGGCUUUUACAAGCACGCAGCUCCUGGAGCUCGAGAGGGAGUUCUCCGCGAACAUGUACCUGUCUCGGCUCAGAAGGAUCGAGAUCGCCACAUACCUCAACCUGUCAGAGAAGCAGGUGAAAAUCUGGUUCCAGAACCGCAGGGUGAAGCACAAGAAGGAGGGCAAAGCCACUCAGAGGAACGCGCACGGCGGCUGCAAGUGCACGAGCGCGCACACGGACUACUCCAGAUCAGAGGACGAGGAGUCUUUAUCCCCGGCCUCUGCCACCGAGGACAAGGUGUCGCCUGUUUAGGAACAAGUCAAAGCCCCGCAUGUGGCACGCGCUACCCACUGCCCUGCACGCUGCAGCCCUGGGUCAGCACCACAC